CGUACGUGGUGCAGAAGUAGCCGCGGGUGGCUACCACAGCGUCGUUUUGGACUUGUCGGCAUGAUCAAAUAAGUGUAACGCCCUGUACAAGUUCUGUAAGUUUCCAGCUGCAACAAAAUCAAAUCAAAUCCAUGAGAAGCAAAUGAAAGCCAAACAAAUGCAAAUAUUAAUCUGCCGAUUUCAGUGUUCAAAGUGUUUGAAAUGAGUGACAAAUCCAGAGAAUUUGUAAGCCAAUAACAAUCAAAAAAGUGGUGGCAACACAUCAAAAUUUAAAACAAGGAUAACCAAGCUUAUUUUGUAUUUUUAUAACCAGAAACGCUGUGCUAAUCAAAAACCCAAAAAGUGCUUUAAACGUUAACAAACUACUUAAGUAAUAAAUUAUUACAAAUUUUGAUACUAGCCCAAAGUAUGCCUUAUCCAAGGAGUUUCCGUUCGAUGCGCGUUUAUUUUCGCAAAAGUUUACACUUAGGAUUAAAGAUGCUCUCUCUGGCCAGAGACAUUUAAUAUCAUCCAAAAUGGCUGCAUCCAUAUAUGCCACCCCACCGCCAGAUCUGAGCAGCGAGGACACUGCUCUCUCCGACGUCUCCAACUCAUCGACACUCAACACGAACAGGAACAACCACACCAGCGGCAGCAAUAGCAACAAUCCACAUGAAGCCACAGGAGCAACGCCCACAGCCACAUCAGCCACAUCAAGAGGAGCAACAGGAGGAGGAGGAGGUGGAGGUGGUGGAGUGGGAGGCACUUCACCCACCGCCCACUUGGUCAAGGCAAUGGAGCUGGAACUGGAGCCCAAGCCAGCGGGAAGCGGCACAAAUGAGGCGGACCAAAUGGGGGAGGCAGCGGAGGAGCGGCACAAGGACGCGGAGCAGCAGCAGGAGGAGGAGGAGGAGGUGGGCGAUGCCAACAUGGCCACCAUGGCGGCAGCCAUGCAGCUGCAGCUCCUGGAGGCCCUCAGCGAUGCGGCCAAAAAGCGACGCAAGCAGCACAAUCCCAGCCGCCUGGAGGCCCUCAAUUUGAGUGGGGAACCCUCUGGUGAAGUGGGUCCAAAAAGACCCGACUCCUCCACGGUGGACUACGAGGAAAAGUUGUCCAAGAUGUUCCUGCCCAAGUCCAUUGAGCAGCUGAAGGAGACCUUCGAGAUGCUGCAGCAGCAGAAGCAGGAGGAGGAGCAGCACCAACAACCGGAAACGGAAGUGGAAGCGGAAACGGAAGCGGAAGCCAUGGCAGACAUAUCAGAAUCCAGCAAGCAGCGCGAGAAUCCCUAUCACACCUACUGCAAGCAGUGCGGCGAGAGUUUCGAGACCGAGUUCAAGUUGAGCCUGCACAUGCUGCAGGAUCACGGCGAUGAUAGAUCGGGUGAACAGGAUCCCGCCGAUUUCCUGGCCUCCAUCAAGGUGAAAUUGGAGCGUGCCGACAUACCCAGUCCGCAGCAGGAGCAUAAUAUGCAGCAGGACAUGACCAAUGGUCAUGGCAAGGAUUUGGAGCGAGAGCAGGAGCACUGGUUCCAGGCCAUGCAGCAGGCGCAGCAUCAUCCGCAUGGUCCGCAGAUGCCACCUGCCUUUCCCUUUCCACCAGAGGCAGCCUUGGGUCCAGCUGGAUAUCUACCACUCCUGGGAAUGUCUGGCUUUCCUGGUGUAGAUGGCCUGAAUCGCCCUCCCCUGCGGAUUUUCAAUCCCGAGGCCUAUUGCGAGCUGUGCAACAAGGAGUUCUGCAACAAGUACUUCCUCAAAACACACAAGGCCAACAAGCAUGGCAUCUUUGAUCCUGUCGGCGAAUCAAGCAGCUCAAACACUUCCAGCCACCACAAUAAUAAUAACAACAAUAACAACAUCACCAGUAGUAACAACAACAAUAGUGGUCACCCCAAUCCCGGCGUGAGUUCCAUGAGUCAAAUGUUCCAGCUGCAAAGGGAGGCUCAAGUUUUGGCCAAGCAGGAUGCUCAGCCAGUUGGAGGAUCCUCCAAUCCCGUGGCCUCUGUGCAUUGCGACAUCUGUUCCAAGCGGUUCACCAACAUCUUUGCCAUGCGUCGUCAUCGGGCCAAGCAGCAUGACAUGCAGCCGGGUGCCCAGGAUUCACCCAACUCCCAAACACCCAUGCCAUCGCAAAACCUUCGGGGAAGUCCCAAUGAGCCACUGCAGCCGGCUAUCAAGCAGGAAAUGUCUCAGGAAGGUCAGGAGGUCAAGCCGUAUCAAUUGCCCGAGGGUUUCCGCGAAGACUUCACCCUGGAACAGGAGGAGCUGAGCUUUGUGCCGCCGCCCAGAAAGUUGCCCUCUCAUCUUCACCAGCAGGCCAAGGAUUCCAACUUCAAUUCGGAUAAGUUGCGUCGCCUGGGCGUCCAGUUCCCUGAGUUCUUCUGCGAGCUUUGCUACCGGGAGUAUGCCAAUCGCUACUUCCUGCGCACCCACAAGUGGAAGCGGCAUGGUUUGUUUGUACCACCAGAAGAUGUGGCACCACAGCAGGGAGGCAAGGAUGAGGCGUCCCAAAUGCCGAGUGCCUGGCCAUUUAUGCCUCUGAAUUUGAUGCUGGCCAAGGCGGCAGCUGCCACGAUGGAUCAGCAGCAGGAGCAGGAGCGCGAACCGGAAACGGAAGUGGAGUCAGAGCAGCCCAGCAAGAGGAUCAAAUUGGAGCAGCAACAGACGCCACCGGAGGGCUAUGAUGAGGACAAGCUGAAUGGCUCGGUGGUGGGCCUGCAAAAUCUACAGAAACUGCAGUCCAUGUUGCAGCAACUCAAUGACAUCAAUGGGAAGCGACCUUUGCCCUGUCACCUUUGUGGCCAGGAGCAGGAGAACCAGUAUGCCUUGCGGGCUCAUCUCAUGACCGAGCACGCUGGCCAGAUGCAACUGCCCAUGCCCAUUCCAAUUCCCCUGCCCGAUCAACAGCAGGCAUCCCAACAUCCCAUGGCUGGAUUGUAUAACCACCAGACUCCACCAGGGGCUCUUCCAGGAGCCAGAUCCCCACCAGCUGGCGAUCUCCGUUGCCAGCAAUGCGAUCGGGAUUUCGCCACCACCCAGGAAUUCAAGCAACAUAUCGCCGAGGUGCACAUGGGCAGAAAUGGAGGACUGAGUGGAAGUCCCCUGCGCGAGGGUUUCUUUACGCCCGAACGUCCAGUGGCGCCAUCAGCGGGCGGUCCAGGAACUCCGGCAGCUCCUCCAGGGAAUCGUCCAGCUUAUACCCUUACACCCACCAGUAGCUACUGCGAGAUCUGCAACAAGGAGCUGUGCAACAAGUACUUCAUGAAGACGCACAUGCAGCGCAUGCACGGCAUCGAGAUCGAGAAUGGCGCCCAAAUCGGGGGAGUGGUGUGCAACAUUUGCAACAAGGAACUGUGCAGCAAGUACUUUCUGCGGGUGCACAAACACAACACCCAUGGUAUCAUCGAGGAGGGAUCUCCAUUGCCGCAGCCCAGGGGUCAGAAUGGGGUCAAGAUGGAUGCGGCUGCCGCAGCAGCAGCAGCAUCUGCAGCAUCGCAGCCAGCUCAACAGGAUCAGGAUAUCAAUGUCUCACCACCCACAGUGGAGGGCAGUGCCGGAAGCAGUUCCUCCAACUCCAAUCACGAGGUGUGUCCACUUUGCUCUCGCCAAUUCCGGAGCUUCAAGUGGCUGCGCUCUCAUCUGAUGAACGAGCAUGGAACCGCUGGAGUGGAACGUCUCCGGGAAAUAGACACCACCUCAUCGUCGACUCGCAGCAAGCCCAACAGUCCCACGCUAAAGAUUCCCAACGGCAGUGGUAGUGGUAACCCAAUUGCAGCGGGAUCCGGAGCUGGAAAUACCGCUCCUAAUCUCGCCCAAGCCCUGCAGAACCUCAAUGCCCAGCAUCUUUUUGGGCAGAUGCAGCAGCAGCAACAGCAGAUGCCCAAGAUGCCACCAUUGCCGCUGCCCGGUAUGUUUGGCGAACCAUCUGGCAGGUUUAAGGAGUACCAGUGCUCACUGUGUCCCUUCACCACGCCCUACUACGCCUUCCUGUUCAUUCACGAGCGCUCCCAUGCGCUGCUCAACAACGGGGGCGAGGGCAUGGAGUUGCCCAUGGAGACGCCGCCACCGCAACAACCACCCAGGAGUUCGGGUAAAUCUCGCAGCAAAUCCAACAAGGCGGUGGUGCCACCUCCGCCCAUCAAAUCCGAAGAACCGGAGCCUCCUCUAGAGCCCACCAACCUCAGCACCUCCGCACCCAAGGUCGCCUCCCAAUCGCCCACUGCAGGAGGAGCAUCACCAGCCGCCUACUCCCCCAAGGCAACCAGUUCAACUUCACCCAAGAUUCAACGCCGUCGAUCCACCUCAAAGCCCCCGACGACGCCCAAUGGUUUGGGAAGCGGAAACGGAAGUGGCAACCAUCGAUCGGCGGCCACCUCACCCUUCGAGGGAUGCGGGGAGUUGGCCAACGGAAGUGGCAAGCCGGCCAGCUAUGCGCAACCGGAUCGGGCAGAGGAAGCAUAUCAGAUGCAGGCCUUCCACCUGCAGCCCGCCGAUGCCGACUCGGAGAUGCAGUUCGCCCCAGCCCUGGUCUACCUACCGGUGAGGGUUCGGGCCUCGGAGUCGGCCACGCUCAGCUUCCGGCUCACACCGGCCUAAAGGUGCCACAUGCAACAGGUAUAGUGUUGCCAGCGUAAGUUCAAGCCAUAGAAACGAAAGAAGCCCCAAAAAGUUUAGGGAUAGGGGCACUCUAAAUGGUAAAUUCUUAAAAAACAAUAUAAAAGUAAGCCCCUGAUUGCCCCCAUCCCAGAAACUUAAAAAAAGAAACCCCCCAAAAACUAAAUAGUUAAGCAAACGAAGUUAGGAACAUGAACAAGACAAAAUAGUGGAACUACAAAAGACUGAGUGCGCAUAUUAGUUGAGCUCAUAAUUAAACUUAAACAUAUACAAAAAAAACCAUAAUACAACCAAUCGAUCAACAUCUAAGCCCUAUAUCGGGCCCAAAAGUUAACCAUGUCCAACAUGGCACUGAUCAAAAAAUCUAUAGCCUAUAACUCAACAAGAACAAGUCCGUUUCAGCUGGCAACACUGUGCUAACCAUCAAAAUAACAUAUAUAUAAAUAUAUAUAUUUUGAUAGACGCAUGACAAAGCAUAAAGCAUAACAUACCGCAACCUAUAACAUAUAUCUCUAGUGAUUAACUAUCAAAGUUCCUAUGCGUAAUAGUAAGCAGAAAGAUGAGAUGGUGGAUGGAAUCUAAAUACGUACAUAGAUUAGGCGAAGGGGAAGAGGCAGAAAAUGGAGAAAAAAUUACUAUAUAUACCACUUAGAAGGAUUAUAUAUCGUAGUAGCAGCAGCAUAAAUCAAAAUUACAAUUAUACAUUUCUCAUCUAGAUAUGGCGUGGGUUUGUCGUGCUUAGAUUAGGGCUGAUCGGCACAUAUAUAGCAUAUAUAUGGCAUAAUAACAAUGCUAUGGUAAAGCUUCAGCACAAACAAAUUGCUCAAAAUCAAAAUCAAAAUCUUUCUAGCGAAGACUACACUUUUAGGAUGUUCUGCAAGAUGGCCCUGAAUUAUCAUCCUCUAUAUAAAAACUCUUUUAUUAGCCGUAUCUGAACCGAGUUAUACCCAAGGAAAUGUCUUCACUAAAACAUAAUUCCAGCGCACAACGUGUACAUAUAAAGUUGUUAAAGAUAACACCAUAAAAGGUUCAGAUUUUCGAUAGCGAGGGGGAGUACGAGAUAGAAAGAAAGAAAACUAGCGCCAGAAGGUAAACAUUAAAAACAUUUAAACAACUCAGGGCAAAAGUACAAUGACCAUUAGUACUUUUUUAUACAAACAUAUUUAAAGAAACCAAAAAAAGCAUACGCAAGUAAAAUAUUACCAUAAUAAUAAAUUAAAUAUAUUAUGAAACGUUAAAAAAGAUAACAAAAAUGCUACCUCAGACGGACUUGAAAACAAUAAUUUAAAUAAAAAGAAUUUAUAAAGAAAAUCUACGAAACCAUUAAAACUGCAGUAGAGGCAAAACCUAAAAGCUAAAUCAAAUUUUUUGUAGUAACUUUACCUCAAAACAGAAUUACAUUUAACCUAUACUUUAUUGAAAUCUUAAAAUAUAUCCUAUGAUUUAAUUAACCAAUCUAAUUUAAAACAUUCCAAAGACCGCAGCUAGUCGCAUAAACAAGAACCAAAUCAUUCUAGUCAAACGUAUAAGGAUUAAAAUAAUUUAAAAUAUAAAACCAGAAGCCAAAACAGAUCCAUCAACUCUUCAGUUUUGGGUGACGAUUUUCGCCGAUUAUUUUGUAGUGUUUAAGGAAUUUGUUCUUCGGCGAGAUGAGUUGCCCAAUAUGAGUGGAUGGCUCCAAGAAGAAUACGGAUCGGCGAGGAACUAUUUGCUAUAUUUGAAAUUUCCUUUUUUUAAAAACGUGUGUUUUUUAAAAUGCUGCGUGCCUUUUAGCAAAUACUUCGCCGAGCCCACAACACCAAAAAUUUGAACUUCAAAAACGAAAUGAAAUUUUACAUAGAACUACAAAUAUAGAUUGUAACUUUAUUUUAUAUUCCAUUUACUUCUUAGUUCUUAUAUCUUACUUUAAAUGUGUAUAUAUGUAUUGAAUAAAUGUCAUGCAAUUUGUAUUUGUUAAACUUGAGUUUCCUUUAUUAUUUGAAUGUUGAUUUCUGAUAUCUCUAUUUAUUAGCCACCGCAUGUAAUUUUAAGCCUUAUUGAAGAGUGCCAGACCCGAGUCCAAGGUCUUAAAAAAUCACAAUCUUUGACUUAUCGACUGUGAAGUUGUCGCCGAUAGGGGAAGACCUUUUUCUUUGUUUCGUUUUUUUUUUGGAAAACUUUCCCAUAGGGGACCUUCAUUUUUCGGGGUGUUAUAUGCUGGUCCAACGCCUUGGCCACUUCAAUUAUUAAAUUGCCAUUUGAUUCAAUUUGUCAACAAUAGUUUGAGAGCCUAUCUUCGACUUGUUUAAUCAUUUUAAAAAACUCACAAGCAGCUGCCUUUCUUCUCCAUCUCUUUUAAAUAUAACCAAAAACAGCACCCUCAUAAAAAAAAUGGGAAAACAUAAUAAGUGAAACUGUUUCCGGUUUUGGGUCAGGCCUUGACCAACCCCCUGAUUAGUAUGUUUGCAUUAAAAAAUGCAUCUGUAUGGAAAAAAAAGGAAACUACGAUAACAAAAACCCAGCAUGGUCAUGUGAGGGUCAAGUUGGAGGGUCGCGUAAGCAGCUGCAGUUGUUUGAAGUUCUAAAAAAAAAAAAGUUCCUAAGCCGGAAUCAAAAUCGAUAUUGCCAUGGCUAUUGAUUAAAUGCAGCCACCCUCUGGGAUUGGAAAUGCUCCCGUUUUGGCAGUUAAUUAUUUGUCACGUGUCCAUGCAAAUUUCAUCUCAUUGAUUACGGCCAGAUAUUCGAUACUUUUCCGGCUGCCGGCGCUGCAAUUAAAGAUUGACUCGGGCAACAACCCCCAGGUUGACCAGGGGAUGGUAGGCAAAUUUCAUAAAUAUUUUUCCGAGAUUUCCCCCAAAAAUGUUUUCUAUUGAAUUUUUAUGGCAAUUUAGGAAAAUCCACUGCCAGCUAUUUUUAAGGGCGCAAACAAUUGACCAAAUGCAGUGCUACCCCAUGGUGCAUUUGCAUCGAUUUAAGGGUGUCCGCCGCUAUUUGCAUGUUUAAAAGUGAACUGGAAAAAUUGCAAUUUAUAUAAAAAUAAAACAAAAAUGAAAUGAAAAAAUUGCAUUUGCCAAGGGUGAUUUGGCAGCCACCCCAUGCAAAUUCCUUACCUUUUUUGGGCUCGGGUUUUUGGCAAUGGCAUACCAUUAUUUUUAUUUCCUUACAAUUUGGCAUGACUGCAACCCCCACACAGAAGAGCGCACAAAUCAAAAAUAAUAAUAAAAAUAUGUUUUUAAAAAUCUAAAGCUAAAUAAAUUUUACAACACGAAACCCAAAAACAACUUGCAACGUACCUUGAGCAUAAAUCAAAAUUUUGUAUGACCUUUGGUAGGGUCAAGCUGCAAAACCACAAGAAAAUCAAAAAUACAAUUUUACUAGCGCUAAGCAAAAAAAAGAACAACCAAAACCAAAAAUUACACUCUUAAAAAAAUAUUUUAGUUGUAGGCUUAAGUCAAAGCAACAAAACGCAUUGAAAAAUUAUUAAUUUAAUAGAUGUUGAAGUUGGAACAAGAGAAGUUGAGAAGAAAGUGAAGAGAAAUGCAACACAAAGACGUGAGAGCGCAAAAUCAAAAGCCACGAGCAAAAAAUCAAAACAAAAUUAAAUUUAAAUUUAAUAUAAAACAAAAACCCAACAAAAUAACAUUUAUUUAGCAAUUGGCAAAUGUAUGAGAUAUAUACACUUAUAUAUCGAUAUAUAUAUAUAUUACAUAUACUUAAACAAUUUUACUUUGUUAUUAUGUAAAACUAUGUGUGAGAAAAAAUCAAAAGACAACAAGGAAAACUUGAACAAAAUAAUUUAUAUUAUAUGUAAAAUGUGAAAGAGCAAAGAAUCAAAAAAGGUGGAAAACCAAACAUUUUUCAUUUCAUUGUAAAAGAGCAUUUAUCAAAAAUUGUAUGUGUUUUAAAUUGAU